AUGUCCAGCCGAGAUGAACAACAAGCGAUGACGCGCUCGCUGUUCUCGAGACGCGACGAGGACGGAAAUUUGGAGGAGAAUCUCCUGUCAUACAUUAAGGUGUUCGAGGAAGAUGGCGGUCACGGCAAGACGCGCUACCUCAUGUUGGCUCUCAACAAACACGGGCGACCGCUUCUGCACAAGGGAAAGAAGAACAGCAAUGGGACGUUCUCGAAGGGAAAGACGUGGCAGCUGGUCGACAUGCGCAUGCUGGAGCAGAUUGGACCGAUCGAGUUCGCUCUCGCAAUGACAGUUCGUACAUACCGCUGGCGGACUGAGCGGCCAGACGCGCUACAGCAGUUCCUCGGCAGCCUCGUCACGUCGUUCCAGGACUUCACCGGACAUCUGCCCGAGCUCGUCAACUUCAGCGUUCCGGCUUCACAGUCCUACCAGGGUGCUUCCUCGGCUCAUGGUCACUCGCCUGCUCCGGAGGGACCGCCGCCUGCUCCCUCUACUCGCCUUCGAGGGGCGCCGGCGAUGAGCAGUCAGGCUUCCUCGUCGUCGUCAGCUACUGCUGGGGGCCGACGACCCAGUGUUCAGACGCUGGACGAUAGGGGACGGAGGACGGACGACCAUGGACGACGGCCAAGUGCUCAGACGUUGGAUGACCAUGGACGACGACCGAGUGUACAGACGUUGGAUGAGCGAGGAAGACGGCCGAGUGCGCAGACUAUGGACGAUUCGCGGAGCAUGGACAGUCAUCAUCACCACCAGCCCAGCGGGGUUGGAAUCGGCGAGGUGUUCGACCAGAGCGCGUUCAAGCAGGGAAACGGAACUUCUGCGGCGUACGAUGCGAUGGGACUUAGUCGACCACCUACCCAGCGACAGAACUCGAAUGAUACGCCACCAUCGUCAGUCGUCGGGUACAGCGGUAACGGCAUCAAUCCUGGUGCCAUGGCAGCCUUGGGGGCGUCUAGUGGACGAAGACCCUCGGCAGGCAGUGCCACCUCACCUCUGGCUCCCGCCCAAGAAGACAUCGAUGACCCUUACGGCGGCAUGGAGGAGGAGUCACUUGCGACCCCGCAGAACGGAUCGUUCUCGCAUGACGAUCAGCCGAUGAUCCCUCCGCCACCGUCAUCUGCUCCUGCCGUGCCUGCUCUGCCGACCGUGACAGAGUCGCCAGCGCAGCAUGAGCGCACUCCCUCGACGCCAGCAAUGGCCAAGUCGCCGUCUGGUUCGUCGCAGGCGACAUCCUCUGUGCCAGACGCACUCGCACCGCCGACAUUGCGCGAGCGCAGGGCACCGUCACCGAUGUACGACGACGAGCAGGAGCCGCCGGAACAGAUGAAUCGCCGUGUGUCUUUCCACCCUGCUCCUCCCAGCUUCACGACAGCGUACUCCCGUGACGUUCUCCUCACAUCGCGCAGUGGCCUGAGCGGGGCGGACGUCGUCAUUGAGGGCGAAGAUGACGAGUCUGGUGAUGCGAUCAUGGCCAACGUCGAGGAGAUGAUCGAGGGCUUUGACUGGACGGCUUCAACGUCAGCCACGGCGGGAGAGUCCGGCCGCAAGGGACCUGACGCGAUCGAACAGCGACUUCUGGACGAGCUCGCUGCGCUGGAGUCGGCCAACAUCCACGCCUUCCUCGAGUCCGACGACCGAGUCGAGCAAGUCCUGCAGCACAUUGACGACACAUUGGCCGAGCUCGAGGACAUCGACCUCCAUCUCACGGGUUACCGGAUGCAGCUCAACGCCGUCCAGGACGACAUCGACUACAUUGAGGGUCAGAACCGUGGUCUCCAGGUGCAGAUCUCGAACCAGCACGCCCUCUUGAAGGAGGUUCAGCAGCUUUUGGCCAUCACCGAUGUUCCGAAGGAGGACCUGCAGGCGCUCUCUCAAGCGAGUCCGUCAACCCAGAGAGGCGUGCAGGAGCUCGAGCAAGCGGCAACGGCGCUGUAUAAGGCUCUCCAGGCUGCGCGCGACAAUGAGGCCACGGGUGCUCACAUCCAAGAGUACGAGAAGAUUGCUGUUCAGUUCGCCACGCGCGUGCUCGAGUACCUCGAUAUCACCUUCAAACACAAGUCGAGCGAGACCUUAGCGAAGUACAAGAAAACUUCGCAGCUCAAGCUUGAGCCUCACAAUGAGCUCUGCGAGAGUUUGAUGCUGUACGAGGGUCUCGUGCUCUGGGUCAAGGACAUGGACGAUGAGAGGUACAAGAAGCUUUGCUUGCUGCACGAGGACGAGAUGAAGAAGCUGUUAGUCAUGCUCGUUCAGAACCUGAGCAAGUCUAUAGAGGGCGUUGUCGACGUUUCUUUCGCUAAGGCUUCGCAAGGCGCCCAGCAGCCUGCCGGUAUCGGUGGUGCGCUCAGAGAGGGCGUUGCGCGUUCCAAGACUCUCCGACAGAAAGCCCCCGGUGCCGAUCAUGCCGCUUUACGGGAUCGCAAAGCGGAUGGCUCGACCCGCAAGGUGGCUGAGCUUUACAGCCGUGGUAUGGGUGAAAUCGUCAGUCAGAUCGUCACCGAGGACAGUUUCAUCAACGCCUUCCUCCAUCUUGCGGACAACGAAACGACCUUCGCCGACUACAUGGACCUCGACACCUACUUCCGUCGCCAGGCUGGUCGUCACAGUGCCGCCAAGCUGGGCAAGAAUCCUGCCCUGGCGCAGAUCGCACGCACGGUCAUGGACCUGAUGUUCGGUUUCGUUGACGGCGAGUGGAAGAACUGGAUCGAGGCUGCAAUCGGCUUAAGCGGCGGAACGUUAGGCUCUCAGAAGAACACCGUGGCCAUCGUCGGUGUCAUCGCAGAGACGGAAACGCUGCUCCAGGGCGCCGAGCAGGAGGGCGGUAACCUCUUCCUCGUCCAGCUGUUCGAGAAGCAGCUUGGUCGGCAGCGUCAGAUCUUCGACAGCUUCAUCAAGGAGCAGAUCCGGACUAUCGACGGCGCGAAGAACACGAUCAAGAAGCGAAGAGGCGUCUUCUACUUUGUCAGACAUUUCCCCGUCUUCGUGGAGCGCAUUGAAAGCCAGCUAGGCACCGCUGAGGGACUGGAUAUCCGCAAGCGUGUGAAUGACGCGUACGAGCAGGUCGUUGCCAGCGUCCUUGGCAGUCUCCAGUACGUCUCCAAGCUUGUUGGCUCGGAAAUCUCGUCUGGCGAGGGCAAAGACCAGCUUUACUUCCACGUCGUGAUGAUCGAAAACCUCAAUGUGUUUGUCGAUGAGACGCAGAAGCUGAAGAUCCCGGCUCUGGCUGUGUUCGUGCAGCGCGCCCGAGGUCUGUACGAUGAGAACAUGAAGGCGUACAUCAAGAUGAUGCUGCGCCGCGGCUUCGCCCGACUCAUGGACUUCUUUGACGGCGUCGAGCGUCUGUCCCGUACGACACCUGCGAACGAAAUCUCCGUUCACUCGAACUACAACCGUUCUGCGCUGAAGAAGGUUAUCAAGGAGCAGACUGCGAAGGACAUGCGUAAGGCGGUCGAGGCCAUGGCUCGCCGAGUCGACAAGCACUUCAGCGACGACGACUCAGCACCUGGUGUGCCGGGAGCGAACCACCACCGCGACCACCAGAACGACAAGGCUACCCAGGACCUCAUCAACUAUGUCUGGCGGGAAAUCACGUCGACUCUGGUGGGUGAGAUCAGUAGGGCGAACGAGUACCUCAGCAAGAGCUACAGUGACAGUGGCUUGAGCUUUGACUUCAACGGUAGAGACGUUGAGCAAGCUUGCCAGCGAGCGAAGCGCAUGUAG